GUAAAUCCACGAUUGUAUACAAAUAUUCAGUUAUAAUCUAUGCGAUUUAUUUCCCACCAAAAUGAUAGUGAUUUAUGAUGACACGAUCCGUUACCUAACAAAGUAAACGACCGAUUCCAUUGUACCUAUUAUAUUAAGCCCAUCGUUACAUCCUAGAUUUACCUGUUUCUUCCCCAAAGACUUAUUUAAGAAAACCCCGAGAAAAAGAACGAAGAAAAGAAAAAAGAACCGAUUCGUUGUCUCGAACCCUUCCUACAAACACGUCCUACGAUUCAACGAUGUCAGUAUAUCUGAAAACUCCAUAAAAGUUGCCCGAUUUGUAUUCGAUAAUCGGGCAUAAAUCACAAAACAACAUCAAUUUAUGAAAUUGAUCGAAAUAAUUGGAAUUGUACCAAAGUAAGCAAACAACAAAAUAUCGUUGGAUAAAUAAAAUCUUCGCUCUCUAAAAAUUAUCUCGUUUGUUCCAUAGCCCUUUAACGGAACCCCCGAGCCCUUCUCGCCUCCCUCAGCCGUCUAAUCGCGAAACGACGUCAGAAUUUACCGAAAUUAAGUUUGAAAUUGUAGACCAGUAGACGAUGAAUGAAACGAUCGUUCUACGAGUUCUGUUCAACCGUUCGGUGUCCUUUGACGGAACCCUAAAUCGUCGUUUCCUUUCACUUUAUCCAUCUCGUCGCUGCUUUCUCGGAUUACGGCGUCGUGAUGCAAGACCGGCGAGUUUUCGGAGCUCCUUGUCUACGGAUAAAAGUCGGAACCGAGCGGACGACCGCAAAAAAGAGGAGACAAAGUCCUCGGCGAACAGCAACGCCGGCACCAGCAACAGAAGGAGAAAAAGGAAGAGGAAAGGACGAUAUCGGAAGUUGCUGCAGUGGAACAGGGGUAACGUUGCUUCUUUUGUGCGGUGUCUACGGUGCUUUGGCCGGUCGCCGUUACAUCGCCAUUCCGGUGGACGGGUUCGACGUGAUCGAGCUGAGCCCGGUGGCCCCAGCCACAGCCAGGAUCACCAGGCAGACAGAAGCUUACCUUCCAGUAGCAGUUCCUAGUGUCUCUCAGGAAGAGCCGAGGAGUCUGCGCUCGGAGAGGUCCAACGCCCGCAUCCUGGAUUACGUGGAUUUCGGUGGACAAACAGGCUCGAACGGAGCCUUCAGCUGGUACGCCGAUUAUCCAGCGCAUCACUAAUCACCUAGAGUCUGGACGAUCGAGAUGCGUUUCCUCGGAUCCUGCCCACGAGCGUUCCAUGAUCUGCGAAUCUGUUACGUCGAAGAGGAAGGAGAAUAUCGGAGAAGCAGGUGACCCGGAGAUGGUAUCGA